AUGGGGUCUCACAUGGUCAAACAAUUUGCUCAGAAAAACGUCCAAGUGGUAUCCUUCGAUAUUCAACCACCAAAGCAAGCUCUACCAGCAAAUGCUCGCUUUUACCAAGUGGAUGUUACUUCACCAGAUGCGAUACACAACGCGGCAGAACAGAUCCGUCGGGAUGUUGGCGACCCGACUGUCCUCAUCAACAAUGCGGGAGUUGUACUCGGCAAGGAUAUUCUCAGCUGCAGCAAAGAUCAGAUCAGGCACAUGUUCGAUGUCAACAUUCUUGCGCAUUUUUGGCUCUCGCAGGAAUUUUUGCCGUCCAUGAUCAAGCAGCAGCACGGCCAUAUUGUCACCAUGGCAAGCAUCGCCAGUUUCAUCACGAUUGCUAGCAACGUCGAUUACAGUUGCACGAAAGCUGGAUUGACGGCAUUUCACGAGGGUCUGGCGCAGGAUUUGAAGCAUAGAUAUAACACCAGGAACGUUCUUACGAGCAUCAUUUAUCCCUACUGGGUCCGCACACCUCUCAUCCAAAACCUCACCGCGCACCCAACUUUCCACGACCCCCUUGAUGAGCCGGAAAAAGUUGCCAAAGUUGUUGUAGAUCACGUAAUGGGAUGUCAGAGUGGACGGGUUGUGCUACCUGCCUACGGCGUUUUACUAGCCGGUCUCGCUGGAUUUCCUUUGUGGCUGCAGGAGUUGAUCAGGGACAGCAAAGCAAACGUUCUGCGUGAUACCACGUUUUAA